GCUCCUCCUGCUUGACGCUGCACGAGCACCUGCUGCUCUCUCUCUCGCUUCAUGACUGCGACCCGCACCAUCGAGCUUGUGCCGUUCGAUCCCGACCGCUCCACCGAGGUCGAGGAACUCAAGCGCCAGCGCGUCCUGUGCGGCUGGGGCUCGGACAAGGUCGAGGUCUGGCGGGACCAGGUGCGACGAGGGGUCAAGAACUUGUACUGGAUCUUCCCGACCGACCGAGGCGCGUACAAGACGCCCGAGUUCGAGCCGAUCAACCACAAGGUCGACGAGGCCGGCCCUCCUCCUCCCGACUUGUCGUUCCAGCCCAUCGGCCACGUGUCGGUCGACUGGGAGGACUAUGACCCGAACGAGACGACGCUGUGCGACCGAGAGAAUGGGGUCUGCACGCUCGCGUCGUUCUUCAUCCUCCUGAGCCAGCAAGGCAAAGGUCUCGGCUCCCUCGUCAUGAAGGAGAUGGAGCUCAAGGCCAAGCACGAGCUCGGCGCGCGCUCCAUCACGCUCAACACGAUCGACGGCGAGUACGCGUCGCAGCCGUGGUGGUGGGAGCAGCAAGGGCUCACGUUCAGCGCGGCGACGAGGAACAACGAGCAGUGGUACCAGCGCCUCGGGUACACGGCGUACAAGCGUGCGGUGCCGCGGUACCCGACCACGACGGUCGACGGGCGCGACAUCUUGCUCGAGGCGGUGUUCAUGCGGAAGGAGCUGCAGUAGAAGCUCGCGAGGCCGUAGAGCCAUUCACUCCCGACGACGACGACGACGGCGAGCUGGAAUCGCACUAAGUAUUGCAG